CUAAAUGAAACGGUGCCGCAUUAGAUAAAAGACUAAAGAGAGACCAAGACGGUGCGCAUCAUAAACAUAAACAUCCAGAAGACUUUUGAGACCGAGAAACGAACCCCAACGGCCCGAAGACUAUCGACCGCGCGAAGGAGAAAGGCUGAAGAGCUUCAAGCAACAAUCUGGUUUAUCACGCGUCCACCGCAACCAUCAAGCACAUAACCCGUCGUAUGAUGCCAUCAAGAUUUGAUGUAAAGGACACCUUGUAGAGUACCUACAGCUUAGAUGCUUGUGUUAUUUGGGAAUGUCCUGUCUGUGGCCUAAGGUUGUUUUGUAUGGCACUUACGCUCUCAGUUGUUCAAUCGUGUGGCGCGUGUUUUGGUGGGAAGCGAGUGAGAAGUGAUAUUGUCUUCAAAGUGGAGAUAGGAUACUGGAAUUCUUUGGGUACAAAAAUGAGGUUUAAUAAUUUCCUCUUAUCCAAAGUAUCAAAAAUACAUUAUCGAGCAAAGCAUAAAUAUGCAGAAAAGCUGCUGCAGGAAGUAGAUGGUUAUGAGACAAAUGGCAUUGGUGAUCAUCCGAAGCUGCUUGAUAAGGUAUCAGUUCUUAUGCAUUGUAAUGGCUUUCAUGAUUCAAUUGCAAAUAAACGAGCCGGAAAACAAUCUGGUCCAAGUUUUAAAGCUGCUAUCGAUGACUUUGAUGCUUCCUUGGCACGUAGAAAGUAUCCAUCUAUCAUUUUGGGUAGUUCUCCUCUAGUUGCACUGUAUGAAGAGAACCCAGUUUGCUCUGAAAUGAUGAGUGUAUUACCAGCUUCAAGUUUAGAAGAUUUUCCUCCUACAUCCAUGGGUGCUGAGUGGGUUCAUUCAAAUACCAUCGGUGAACCAUGGUGUUCUACAGAUGCCACUGCAAAGUCCGUAACUUUGGAAGCUGAAGAUAAAUCCAAUGAUCCUGGGCUUACAGUCGAAUCUCCUAGCAAAGCAGUGCUUAUAUCGGAAUUGGAUGCUGAAUCUGUUGUGUUGUCCCUGGAUAAUUCUAUCAGUUGCAUUCCUGGAUUGAGCAAAAAGUAUUGCCGUCAACUGGAGAGCUGUGGUUUUCACACGCUAAGGAAACUGCUACAUCAUUUUCCUCGAACUUAUGCUGAUUUACAGAAUGCCCAGGCAGAAAUUGAUGAUGGACAAUACAUGAUUUGUGUUGGGGAAGUCUUAUCUUCUAGGGGAAUCAGGGCUGGCUACUCCUUUUCGUUUCUUGAAGUGGUUGUUGCUUGUGAGAUUGCUAGCAAUGAGGCAGCCCUUGAGCAUGCUGUGGAUGAUACUGGUAGAUUCGGAAAAAAAACAAUUUACGUGCAUCUGAAGAAAUUUUUCCGUGGCACUCGUUUUGCUAGUCAGCCUUUUCUUAAGUGUGUUCAGGAGAAGCAUAAAUUGGGAGACCUAGUAUGUGUUAGUGGUAAGGUGAGAACCAUGCGUACUAAAGAUCAUUAUGAAAUGAGGGAGUAUAAUAUCGAUGCACUUAUUGAGGAAAAAGAUUCAUCUCUUCAAUUAGAAAGGAGGUCAUAUCCAAUAUACCCCUCAAAAGGAGGAAUAAAUCCUAAUUUUCUUCGGACCAUUAUUGCAAGGGCUUUAGAAUCCUUGCCUGCUGAUGUUGAUCCAAUUCCUACAGAAAUCACUCAGGAGUUUGGGCUUUUAUCUCUCCAUGAUGCAUAUUUUGGAAUUCACCAACCGAAAAAUAAAGAGAGUGCUGAUUUGGCUCGAAAGAGGCUCAUAUUUGAUGAGUUUUUCUACCUUCAGCUUGGACGCUUAUUCCAAAUGCUUGAAGGUCUUGGUUCACAAGUAGAGAAAGAUGGGCUGCUCAAUAAGUACAGAAAACCUGAACUGAAUGCUACUUACGUGGAGGAAUGGUCUAGUCUCUCAAAGAAGUUUUUGAGGGCUCUUCCAUAUUCUCUUACUUCUAGUCAGCUAAGUGCUAUCUCAGAAAUUAUAUGGGAUCUUAAGAGACCAGUCCCAAUGAAUCGGCUCUUACAGGGUGACGUUGGGUGCGGGAAAACUGUGGUAGCUUUUCUGGCAUGUAUGGAGGUCAUAGGCUCUGGGUAUCAGGCCGCUUUCAUGGUUCCAACUGAGUUACUGGCAGUCCAGCAUUAUGAGCACAUGCUUAGUUUGCUAGAAAAUAUGGACGACCAGACCAAACCUACUAUUGCAUUGUUAACUGGUUCGACUCCAUCAAAACAAUCACGGAUGAUUCGUCAGGAUCUCCAAAGUGGUGAUAUUUCUUUGGUUAUUGGAACACAUAGUUUAAUAGCUGAAAAGGUAGAGUUCUUUGCUUUGCGCAUUGCCGUGGUGGACGAGCAACAUCGCUUUGGUGUGAUUCAGCGAGGAAGAUUUAACAGUAAGUUGCAGUUGUAUUAUUCCUCCAUAAGUUCGAGAAUGGCAGCAGCUAAUCCAGAUACGUCAGUCAAAAAUGAUGUUUAUAUGGCGCCACAUGUUCUUGCCAUGUCAGCCACUCCUAUCCCAAGAACACUUGCACUGGCUUUAUAUGGGGAUAUGUCUCUGACACAGAUAACUGACUUACCUCCCGGAAGAGUUCCAGUUGAAACAUACCUUAUCGAAGGAAAUGAUAGUGGCUUUGAGAACAUGUACAAGAUGAUGCUUGAUGAGUUAGAAGAUGGUGGGAAAGUGUAUCUAGUGUAUCCAGUCAUUGAACAAUCUGAGCAACUGCCUCAACUUCGUGCUGCUUCUGCAGAUCUUGAAGUUAUAUCAGACAUUUUUGAGGAUUAUAACUGUGGAUUAUUACAUGGAAAACUGAAGAGUGAUGAGAAAGAUGAAGCAUUGAGACGCUUUAGAUCUGGGGAAACACAUAUACUUCUUUCUACUCAAGUGAUUGAGAUUGGCGUCGAUGUUCCAGAUGCCUCUAUGAUGGUUGUUAUGAAUGCUGAGAGAUUUGGAAUAGCUCAGUUGCACCAACUUAGAGGACGAGUUGGUCGGGGUGUGAGGAAGUCUAAAUGUAUAUUAUUGGCAUCAACGGCAAGCAGCUUAGAAAGGUUAAAGGUGCUAAAAAACUCAUCAGAUGGUUUUUACUUGGCAAAUAUGGAUCUUCUUCUCCGUGGACCUGGUGAUUUGCUUGGUAAAAAACAAUCAGGACACCUUCCAGAGUUUCCUAUUGCCAGGUUGGAAAUAGAUGGAAACAUUCUGCAAGAAGCGCAUGCUGCUGCCCUGAAAAUCUUAGGUGAUUCUCAUGAUUUGAAGAGAUAUCCAGCACUCAAAGCAGAACUUAGCAUGAGGCAGCCACUCAGUAUUUUGGGUGACUGAACUGUUGCUGUGGGAGCUUGAGGAUAUUAAAUCCAUGCCAAAGGUAUUAUGUCUUGUACCUGAUCACUCAAAUCUGCAUCAUGAACUGUUGGCCACUAUUUUGUACAGUUCUGUUGAUAAAUCUAUCCUAGUUUGUAGCUGCUCUACAUCAUGUAAAUUGUCACUGUAUGUAACUGCAGCUGUGCUUCUAAUGCCAACAUUCGUAUGUUUGUUACAUGGUUACUUCCUUUUUUGGUAGAUGUUUUGGAUAAUUUGAAUUUUAUAUGAUGAUCAAAGAAGAUGGCUGCUUAGUUUGGGACUGCUUCUAAUGCCAACAUUCUUAUGUUUGUUGCAUAA